AUGUUAUCGAUUCAUGCGCCAGCAAAAAUAACAUCGUUCGGGCGCAGCGUGUGGGCACGCGCGGGCGGGCGCGCGCGGCUGUGGUGCGGCGCGGCGGGCGCGCCCCCUCCCGCGCGCGCCUGGGCCCGCCGCAGGCCCGCGCCGCCGCUGCCGCUCGACCACAACUACCUGCUUGACGGCCCUUAUCUUAUUAUACUUGUGGUAGACCGCAGCUCUGCAGACAACUACACGUGCACAGUCCGCAACCCCUGGGGGGAGGAGCGCGCGAGCUGGGAACUGCGCGUUUUAGCAGCUCCAACCAAACCGCAGCUGCGGCUGUCGUCUGCCGCCCCUGCGAGACUGCACUUGGUGUGGGAGAAGCCGAAUACUGGCGGAUCUAGCCUACAUGGCUACCUGAUCGAGUACACCCGCUCCGAUGACGUGAAGUGGCAAGGCUCCCGGCUACCUGCAGACACGCGAACACACACACUAGAGCGCCUUUCAUGUGGUUCUCUGUAUAGAGUGCGACUUACUGCUUUCAAUGCUGUAGGCUCCUCUCCGCCCAGCGAUGAGCUCGUCGUGUCUACUAAAGGAGGGCCAUCAAAAGCAUCACCAGAAAAGGAUUUGAUAACCACAAACAGUACAUGUGUACGACUAAAUCUAUUAACUUGGGACAGCAAUGGUUGUCCUCUGACCCAGUUCACGGUAUCAGUGAGAAGUUUCGAGGAAUCAUCUUGGACCACCCAGACCGUGUCCCCGGCGGCCCAGCCAACCGUGCUAUGUGGGUUAACUGUAGCUACUUGGUACCACUUGAAAGUAAUCGCUACUAGCGCGGCUGGGACUACUUUGGGGAAUUAUUAUUUUUCGACUUUAACAGAAAGUGGUGAUCGAAUACCAGCCCCAGCGCACUUCCCUCCCGGCAGUGAGGACGGGGAGGAGCGCGCGACGGCAGUGCUUGCGGCGGCUGCGUGCGGGCUGCUGGCGGCGCUGCUGCUGCUAGCUGCAUUUGCUUACAAACGAAGUCCAUCAACUACCUGCUUCCGAAAAGGUUAUGAACAAAGUGGAAUAUCUGAGGAGGAAGACAAGUCAGUAGAGAAGAGAGACAAUCGUCGCAACUGCCAACAGGUGUACACCUCGUCACCUAUCAAACAUCCUAUUAGCAAGAAAGAGCAACAAGAAAUGUACGAGAUAAGUCCAUACGCGACGUUCAGCAUGUCGGGUGGGUCCACGGGGCCGGGCGCGGGCGGCGCGGAGGGCGGCACGCUGCGCACGUUCGGGCGCGCCGAGCCCGCGCCGCUGCAGGCCGCGCCGCCACACCAUCAUCUGCAUCAUGAGAAUGCAGGUACGGGGGACAUGGGAUGCUGUUACUAA